AUGCGAAAAGUUUUUAACAAUUAUAAUGCGAUUGGAAUUAUACCAAAAUUCAUGAAAAUUUUAUUUUAUAGAUUUGUUAAUUUUUGUGAAACUCACUAAGGGGUAUUUAUAUUUAAUAAAGAAGUAAAGCAAUUAAAUAUUAUUUGUCAUAAUAAAAAUACACCUUUAUAUUAUAGUUUUUACAUAUAUUUAAUUUUUUAUUAUUACUUUAGCAUACCCUUAUUUAUUACCUAUAAGUUAUUAAACACUGAUGUUCCUCAAUUAAAAAAAGCCUUAUUUAUUAGUUAAUCAGACAAGCAAAUAAUUUUCUUAUUUUUGUUACUCAUUUUUUGUCUUUUCUCUUUUUACAGAAUCAAUACAUAAUUAUAAAGUGUCAAAAAUAGUUACAAAUCAAGAUUAAAGAAUAAUUAUUAAAAAUUUGAAUUUGAAGAAUAAAAAAUAAUCAUCAUUAAAAAUAAUAACUUCUAGAAACAUAAAAUAAUAAGGUACUUCCUGCCACUAAAGAAGAAACUGUUAUGUUAUAGAAAAAAUAAUAAAAAAACUAAAUUUAAGUUUAAGAAAAAGUACUUUUACAAUAAUUUUUACAAAUUUCAAUAAGAAAAUUGA